AAUCUCAUCACAUGUUGGUGAUGAUAUGUCUAUAUACACAAAUUAAUCUUGUUACUCUCUCCCAUAGUCCCAUUAAUCAAAGCUAGCAACCUCCACAAAUCCAAGGCAUGCAUGCCAAAACCUCAACAUGGCUCUCCUUCUUCAUCUUCAUCUUCUUCUCACUUUUCUACCUCUUUCUCUGUGAUCCCAGAACCUCGGAAGCUGGCCUCUACUGCGGAGCUGCCAAGCCACCACCAAAGGCUAGCUUCAUUCCAACUUUCGUCGCAGAAAUGGCGAGUUUAUCAGAGCUCAUCACCAAACAUCACUGGGGAACCCAUUUCUUUAACUCCACGCUCCCCAUGUACGGCCUAGCGCAAUGCUACAAUGACCUGUCGCACACUGAUUGUCUUCUCUGCUACGCCGCCAGCCGCACCGAGAUCCCCCGCUGCCUCCCCUCCCUCUCCGCCCGCAUCUUUCUCGACGGCUGCUUCCUCCGCUACGACAACUACAGCUUCUACUCCGAAGCUUCCGUCCCCGCCGUCGACUCUGUCGUCUGCGGCCAAGAAGACGCGGCGGACGCGGCGGUGUUUAAGGAGAACGUUGCGGAGGUGAUUGAGAGGGUUAAGAGGUCCGCGGCGGAGAAUGGGGGGUUUGGGGUAGGGGAAGUGGGUGGGGAGGUGUAUGCUUUGGGGCAGUGCUGGAAGACGGUGGUUGGUGAUGGGUGUAGAGAGUGUUUGGAGAAGGGAGGUGAGGCGGUGAGAGGGUGUGGGUUGAAGACAGAAGGCAAGGCUUUGAAUGCUGGAUGUUACUUGAGGUAUUCGACUCGGAAGUUCUAUAACGACGAGGGGGAAGCAGAGCAUGAGCAUGGGUUUACAGAUAGAAGGGGAAUCAUCGUAGCAAUUGUUUUGGGAGCAGUUGCUUUCACAAUGCUGUCUCUCUUUGCUGCUUAUGCAGGCUAUACAAAGCUGGUGCAGAUCAGAAAAGGGUGCAGUAAUCUAGGUUUGGUGUCAAUAAGCAUUAGCAAGUAUUCUGGCUUGAGUUUCAAGUAUGAAACACUAGAGAAGGCCACAGAUUAUUUUAACACCUCGAGAAAAAUAGGGGAAGGGGGAGGUGGUACUGUGUUUAAGGGGACUCUUCCGAAUGGCAAAACCGUAGCUGUUAAGAGAUUGUUCUACAAUACCAGGCAAUGGGUAGAUGAGUUCUUCAAUGAGGUGAAUUUGAUCAGUAGAAUUCAGCACAAGCACCUAGUGAAGCUUUUGGGUUGUAGCAUUGAAGGCCCUGAGAGCCUGCUGGUGUAUGAAUAUGUGCCUAACAGGAGCCUCGAUCAAUUCCUUUUCGAUAAGAACAAUGAUCAGUUUCUUAACUGGAAGCAGCGGUUUGAUAUUAUUGUUGGAACAGCUGAAGGGAUUGCGUAUCUUCAUGAAGGCUCUGAAGUAAGAAUAAUCCAUAGGGACAUAAAAAGCAGCAAUGUUCUUCUGGAUGAGAAUCUUAGCCCAAAGAUUGCAGACUUUGGCCUUGCUCGGUGUUUUGCUUCCGACAAGUCUCAUCUUAGCACCGGCAUUGCCGGAACACUAGGUUAUAUGGCCCCAGAGUAUCUUGUUCAAGGGCAACUUACAGAGAAAGCAGACGUUUAUAGCUUCGGAGUGCUAGUUCUCGAGAUUGUGUCUGGUAUGAGGAAUAGCACCUUCAAACAGGCGGACACUGACUUUGAUUCACUACUACACAAAGUUUGGAAACACUACAGAUCAAACAAGUUGGCCGACGUGGUUGAUCCUUGUUUGAGAGAUCAUGAGUUGCCAGCAAAAGAGGUAUCAAAUGUUCUUCAAAUUGGACUUCUGUGCACACAGGCCUCAGUUGCUUUGAGACCAUCUAUGGCUGAAGUAGUUCUAAUGCUAACAGCCAACAAAGAAAGUGACAUUCCCAUUCCAAACCAACCUCCCUUUCUAAAUGCCACGACGCUAGAGCAAGCCAGCUCCAUUAGGUCUAAUAGCGCAAACAGCUUCGUCUCAAAUACUUUAACGAAAGUUGAGACGUCCUACACUUCAUCAGAGUCUUCCACCACGCCUAGUUUGGAUAAUAUGGGACAUAUAUCAACAAAAUGAGUAAGCUCUUGCAGAAGUAUCAGGUUUCCCACGUCUUAAACUUGUUCAGGAAAGCAUGCUUGGAGGUCAGGUCAGUAUGCAGAAGCAGAAAUGCAGAAUUAAAGAGAUUAGAGAGCUUACCGGAAUUCAGAACCGAAAGAUAUUCAGAUUUUUGGUUCUCUGUCUCGUUCAUAAACUUGUCUGUCAUAUCUUUAUAAAAUGGAAGGGCACACAUGACUUCAGUUUCAUAUAGGUGACGGAACGCUGUCAGAGAGAUGUAGAAAGUGCCGAUGCAACAUAGUGGUCAGUGGACUACAUGUUUACAGCAGAAAUACUGAAAUAGUACACUUCAUAUAAACCAAGAUGACAUUGUUCAGAGGAACUCAUUUGAUCGAGCUUCCUAUUGAAAUGGAUUGUUAAAAGAGACAUUUUUUAAACAGAAACUGAAAUAAACUUGUUUCUAUGUGGUCUUCCAA